AUGGUCUCUGUCAUCUUCCUGAGCACAGAUAGCAAGGACACCUGCACGUCGUGCGGCGGCUUCCGGCGGCCCGAGGAACUGGGCCGACUGGACGGCGACUUCCUGGAGGCGGUGAAGCGGCACAUCUUGAGCCGCCUGCAGAUGCGGGGCCGGCCCAACAUCACGCACGCCGUGCCCAAGGCCGCCAUGGUCACGGCCCUGCGCAAGCUGCACGCGGGCAAGGUGCGCGAGGACGGCCGCGUGGAGAUCCCGCACCUCGACGGCCACGCCAGCCCGGGUGCCGACGGCCAGGAGCGCGUCUCCGAGAUCAUUAGCUUCGCAGAGACAGAUGGCCUCGCCUCCUCCCGGGUCCGCCUGUACUUCUUCAUCUCCAACGAAGGCAACCAGAACCUGUUCGUGGUACAGGCCAGCCUGUGGCUUUACCUGAAACUACUGCCCUAUGUCCUGGAGAAGGGCAGUCGGCGGAAGGUGCGGGUCAAGGUGUACUUCCAGGAGCAGGGCCACGGAGACCGGUGGAAUGUGGUGGAGAAGAGGGUGGACCUCAAGCGCAGCGGCUGGCAUACCUUCCCGCUCACUGAGGCCCUCCAGGCCUUGUUUGAGCGGGGCGAGCGGCGUCUCAACCUGGACGUGCAGUGCGAUGGCUGCCAGGAGCUGGCCGUGGUGCCUGUGUUUGUGGACCCUGGGGAGGAGUCGCACCGGCCCUUUGUGGUCGUGCAGGCACGGCUGGGCGACAGCAGACACCGCAUUCGAAAGCGGGGCCUGGAAUGUGAUGGCCGGACCAACCUCUGUUGCAGGCAACAGUUCUUCAUCGACUUCCGCCUCAUCGGUUGGAAUGAUUGGAUCAUCGCGCCCACUGGCUACUAUGGGAACUACUGUGAAGGCAGCUGCCCGGCCUACCUGGCGGGAGUCCCUGGCUCUGCCUCCUCCUUCCACACGGCCGUGGUGAAUCAGUACCGCAUGCGGGGCCUGAACCCUGGCACGGUGAACUCCUGCUGCAUCCCCACCAAGCUGAGCACCAUGUCCAUGCUCUACUUUGAUGACGAGUACAACAUCGUCAAGCGAGACGUGCCCAACAUGAUCGUGGAGGAGUGCGGCUGCGCCUGACGGUGGCGGUGGCUGGGCUG